AUGGCAACAUUCGAACAAGUGUAUCAUGUUCCUGUCAACCCCAUGGAAUCUCGGAAGAGGAAAGCAGGUGUUCCUCUACCAUAUUUGAUCCGACCUCGUAGGAAGCUUCCCGUUUACGACACCUUCAACCUCUACAACGAUUACCUUGGCACUUUAUCUACCACUGAUGGAUUUGAUUAUGUGGGUGAUGAUGAUGACUCGACAGUUGUUGUUGAGCCUGUUGUUGUUGUUGAGGCUGUUGAAACCUCCUCCACUUUGGACAAGGUCACUCAAAACGACCUUACUGCAAGUUUAUCUGAAUUGGAUAUACAUGCUUUGGACAAAGGCAUUCAAAACGACCUUAGUGCAAGUUUAUCUGAAAUGGACAUCAACUUUUUGCCUUUGGAGAAAGGCAUUCAAAACGACCUUAGUGCAAGUUUAUCUGGAAUGGGUAUAUCAUCAGGUCACUCGCUGAAGUGUGAGAGCGAUGACGAGUAUGUAGUUGUCGAAAAGGUUGAAGCUUUGCCCAAUUCUAAAAUAGAGAGAGUAGGAGCAAUUCAAAUGUUGGAACUCUCUAAAGAUGCAGCUGAUGAGCCUGAAUCCAAAGUUGCAGUUGAUGAGCCUGAAUCCAAAGUUGCAGUUGAGAAGUCUGAAUCCAAAGAUGCAGGAUCCAACAGUGAUGAUGAAUGGGUGGUUGUGUAA